GCAUGCUCAAGGAAAGGGAGGGAUUUCCUGCAGGGAAAGGGGAAAACUAGCUGGUUGGCAGAUCUGCAAAGUUUGGAACAAAAGUGAUUUGGAAUCUUAGGUUAAGAGGCUUUUUACCCCCCUCCGCUGCGGUUAUAGAGACGUCACUGAGUAGGAGUGAUCUCAGAGGGACUGCAACUGCUUCAGUUAAACACUCACUGAAAACAAAUGGAGUUUCUCCAAAAAAGGGAGACGGUCUCCUAUAAAGCAACCAAACAAUAUUGGAUCUUAUGAGACAGAAAAGAUCUUGAAACAGAAAAGGAGAAGGAAGCUGUAAAAAAAGGAGAGAAAGUGCCUGGAAAUAAACAGGGAGCAAACAUCCUUCAAAAUAGGGCACAAGGAGUUUGUACCCUACAAGCAAGCCAACCUACCAUGGAGCACCCCAAUGUCAUGCUGUUGUGCCAAUAUGGCACUUGUGCCCUUCUUGUUAUAUGUGAUAGGUCUUACCAAGUGACCUCAGACUAGCAGGAAAGGGCUUUUAAAUGUGACAUUCUCUGUAUGAAUUCACCGCUGUCAAUAAUACAGACUGCAGUCUCCCUACAGUGUGUGGAUAUAAUCUGGAGUGAAAUUCCUGCCAUAAGGAUAUCAUUUAAGGAUUGCUACAGGAAUCGGAUCAUUUUCAUUUGUUUUUAUCUUACCUAAUGUAAUGUAGAUGAGGUGCCUGCUGAUAUAUUUUUAUACAAAUAUUAAGGGAUCCUUAUUUGGAUAUACUUCUGCACAACCGCUUUGUGGAUAUAAUUUUGAGGUGGCUAAGUGGAUAUAAUUUGGGGAAGCCUGUUUUGGAUCUUUUUGGAAGUCCCUGUGUGAAUAUUUGUGGUCAUUUUCCGGAGAUGACUCUGUAGCCUGAGUGGCGAUGGGUCGAGAGAAUGAGUUGAUCCAGGCUGUGAAGAAUGGAGAUGUUGCUACUGUUCAGAAAUUACUUGCAAAAGUCCGAGUCUCCAAAAACAAGCUUCUGGGGUCAACAAAGAGACUGAAUGUAAAUUACCAAGAUGCAGAUGGGUUUUCAGCUUUGCACCAUGCGGCACUCAGUGGCAGCUGUGAUCUGCUCCUUCUUCUUUUAGAAACGCAAGCAUCUGUGGAUGUUAAAGAUGGCAAUGGGAUGCGGCCUUUGCAUUACGCUGCUUGGCAGGGGAAGCCGGAACCUGUGCACCUCUUGCUGCGAGCUGCUGCCAGCGUCAAUGCUGCAUCACAUGAUGGACAGAUACCCCUGCACCUGGCAGCACAGUAUGGGCACUAUGACGUGUCUGAGACCCUCCUACAGCACCAGUCAAACCCCUGUCAUGUCAACAAGGCCAGGAAAACCCCACUGGAUCUGGCAUGCGAAUUUGGGAGAGUGAAGGUGGUGCAGUUGCUAUUGAACAGUCAUCUUUGUGUAUCACUCUUGGAGGGUAUCUCCAAGGACCCCACUGACCCCAAUUUUAUCACCCCCCUGCACUUAGCAGCCAAGAAUGGGCACCGUGAAGUCAUCAGGUUGCUCCUGGAAUCUGGCAUUGAGAUUAACCGACUGACAAAGAUGGGCACUGCCCUUCACGAAGCAGCUUUGUGUGGCAAAACUGAGGUGGUAAAGCUGCUGAUAGAGAAUGGAAUUGAUGUCAAUAUUCGAAACACUUACAAUCAGACUGCUCUGGAUAUUGUCAACCAGUUCACCACUACGCACGCAAGCACUGACAUCAAGCAGCUUUUGAGAGAGGCUUCUGGAAUCCUGAAAGUUCGUGCCUUAAAAGAUUUUUGGAACGCUCACGAUCCAACUGCCCUAAAUAUCCGAGCUGGAGACUUGAUAACGGUGUUAGAGCAGCAUCCAGACAGCCGAUGGAAGGGCCACAUUCAUGAUCCUCAAAAAGGAACCGACCGCGUGGGCUUCUUUCCUCCAUCUAUUGUUGAGGUCAUCAGUAAAAGGCUGGGCUCCACUCUGUCCCGUAAUGUUGUCAUUCCUGGUCAUCAGCGUCCUGCAAAGCCCCCUCUCUACCUUCCAAACCAGCAGCAUCCUGUCCCUGGGACACCUGUAGGCUUUAACCCAGAAAAUACCGGAGCUGGUGACCGUCAUAGCAUUGGCAGCGAGGGCAGCCUUGGCAGUGUGCGCAGUGCAGGCAGCGGGCAGAGCUGUGAGGGCAAUGGGUCAAGCACUGCUCUCCUUAUAGAGCAUGCCCAGACUCUGCACCCUGAUUGUGAAGAUUUGCACAACCCCAAGAUAUUCACAGGCUCUAUCAAUAGUCGUCCUACGGUCCGAGGGGUGGAGAAGGACCCGGGAAAAUAUCUGCAAGGAAAGGAUGCUGAGCUAAUUUUUUGUUGGCUUCGUGGAUUCCAUCUGGAAAUAUACACAGCAAAUUUUUUGUCUGCUGGUUAUGACUUGGCAACUAUCAGCCGCAUGACCCCAGAGGACCUGACUGCCAUUGGAGUUACACAGCCAGGGCAUCGUAAGAAAAUUUCUACAGAGAUUAGCAGACUCAGUGUAGCAGAUGGGCUUCCUCUCUACACGCCGGCUGACCUAUGGGAAUGGCUUAAUUUGCUGGGCCUCCCCGAGUACCACAAACAGCUGACAGACAACGGCUAUGAUUCUCUAAACACAGUGACAGAGCUAACAUGGGAGGGUCUGCAGGAGAUUGGGAUCCAUAAACUGGGUCAUCAGAAGAAGCUACUUCUCGGUGUGAAACGAUUGUUAGACCUGCAAAAGGGUCACCCUGUGGGUGGAGGGACACUGAGGAGGAGAAUUCCUGGGACUCAUGAUUCUGUUCCAGUUGUGGAGCCUUCAGAGAAUGGUGAACCCCCUAUAACACCUAAAUUGCUAACUUUCCAGGGUGUGGAGCUGAGCCAGGAAUUGCAGAGCGCACUUACACACAGAGGUGAGACUUUGUGUGCUCAGAGACGUUCUUACAGUCAAGAGAGCAUUAGUUCUCGUUCUCAAGGCUCUGGCCACUCACAAGACUCUGCCCCUUCUCGGGUGCCACUUAUGCCUCCAAAGCAAGCACAAGACUCUAGCCUUCCAGAGAGGAAACUACCUGAGGGCACAGACCAGUCUCAGAGGCCACUAGGAAUAAUGAAUGGAUGCACAGUCAGACAUGAGCCUCCUAUUCCUCCCCCUAAACCAACUCUGAAGAAACGUUCUCUCAGUGAGUGCCGUUAUGCACUGUCUGAUGGUGAACCAGAGGAAGAGGAGAGGGGAACAGCUACAUUCAGUGAGACAUUAGGCUCCUAUGCCACACUUACUCGCCGUCCUGGUCGCUGUUCUCUUGCAAAUGGACAACCAGAAAAGAAGGUCCUACGCAGCCAGUCUUUCGCAGUACGUGCAAGAAGGAAGGGUCCCCCUCCCCCACCACCCAAGAGACUUAGUUCUAUGUCUAGCACAGAAGGGCCAGGCCCUGAGGUUCACAGCUCUGUAAAAACAAUGGCAGCCCGUCUGGAGGUGAUGGGGGGAGUGGCGGGACCUAAGCCAAAUGGGGAUCUCCAGGCAGAGGCCUCUGAGGGUCGCAGGAGGACAGUUAGUGAGUCAGCAGCAGGGUUGGGGGGUAACUUAUCUGUGCCCUUAAACAAAGGGGAACAAGAAAGGAAAGAAGAACCAGCCCCCUCACAGCACAGCUCCAGUGAGAGUCUACCCUUUGCAGAGGAAGGCAACCUUACAAUCAAACAGAGACCAAAACCUCCAGGAACCAAGGCUGAAUCAAAUCUCAAUUCAGAGCUAGAGUCUAUGUCAGAGCCAGUUGCUCAGCUUCAUUCAGGGUCCAGUCUUGAACUAGGAACCAAGUCACAAACAGUGGUUAAAAUAGACCAUGGGACUAAGCCACAGACCGUGAUAAAACCAGACCUUGCAGCCAAGCCACAGAUAGGGAUAACAUCUAAUCUAUGUGCCUAUCAAAAUUCUGGAGCCAAACCAGAGACAUUAGCUGACUUUAAGACCCAAGAACAGCAAGGUUUAAAGUUGGAGCCUGAAGCCAGUCAAGGGUCGCGGCCAGAGAAAGGAAUCAAACCUCAGUUAGGUCCAAAACCAGAUCCAUCAGCCAAGCCAAUGCUAGGGUCCAUUAGUCCUAAACCUACCCCAGAACCUGAUUUUAACCUAACUGAGUCAGACACCGUAAAACGAAGGCCAAAAGUCAGAGAGAAAGAAUCUGGUGAAGCCCAAGAAGGGAGUCUUGAGACACCAUUAACUCCUAACCCAACACAUUUUACUAAAGGAACAGCAGAGCAGGACAAUGUUGAAGCCAGAAUUGCAGAUAUAGAGAGGAGUCUCCUCAGCUUGGAGAGAGGAGGAAAACAAGAGGUGGUGCUUGGAGCCGGAGCAAUAACCCAAGUAUCCUCUGUCCCUCAAUCUCAUUUGGUUAUAUCGGGACCCCAGACGGUGUUGCAGAAGCCUUCAUGGGGUGUAAACACUCCAGCGCCUGCUCCUGGAUCUAUAUUGUGGGGAAGUGAGACUAGGGCAUCCAAGAAAGAAUGGGGCAAUAGUGACCUACAGAGAACAACAUCCAGCGCAUAUCAAGGACAGGACAUAUACAGCAGCAAACAUCUGAAUAACGAGAUAGGAAGCAACAUGGAAGAAAGUAACAGCGGAUCGUUACCAUUGACCAAGAACAUUCUUGAUGACAUCAGCACGAUGUUUGAUGACCUUGCGGAGCAGCUGGACGCCAUGUUGGAUUAAGGAAUUGAUACCACCGAUUGCACUUUAUCCUAGACUGCAGCACUUGCACUGAGGACAUCACAGAUCCUUGCUUCAUCUGACCCAUUUUCAGUUCUGGACUAGAGAUACUGUUUGUCUCCUAUAACCCAGAGGAGAUCGCUUGCGGACAUUAGCCAUGCGCACCCAGCACCGCCUCACCUUUAUGUAUUUUACAGACCUGUGUAAUUAACCCCUUCUGAGCUGGAGGUGCUUGCUUGCCAAGAAGCUAAGGACCAGUCACCUAAAAUCUAGUUCUUUUUAACUAUUCUGCUGCCAGAGAGAGCAGAAACUGAUUGCUAAGCAAGGGUUUAAAGAACAUACAGCGACUUGUCACUUUAUUUAAAAUCGUACUUGAUUUUAUCUACAAUUGUAUUUCUAUGUUCUUUACAAAAAAAAACACCCCAUAUUUUUAUGGCAAUUCUUCUUUUAACCAAGGUGGUGCUGCCAAGAUUCUUGUAUUUUUGUACGUUGCACCCUCCUAGUCUCUCAAAAAAAGGUUAAAGAACGGUCAUAACAGCUGUUCCUUGGCCAACAUUUCAGAAAAACUGUAAAUUUGUUUUGUUUUUUUAAGAAAAUGUAUAUUUUAAAGUAAUUUUUAUAUAUAUACAUAUCUAUAAAUAUAUAUAUAUUUACUAACCAGAAA